CUUACUUCUGGUUCAACAAAGUGUUUGGAAGAAAAAAAACCAUUAUGCAUUUCAAAAUUGCUGUUAUCCUCUGUGCGUUGUACUUCGUGACCAUGACAAAGAGCGUCGGAGUCAAUUUGAAUCAAGUCAAACUGAUUGUUGAUUUAGUAAAAGAAUCCGAAAACACUGUAGACGAAAUUCCCCCUGAACAAUUCAUAGCAAAGUUAGUAGAAUUAGGCGUAAAGAAUGUGAGAGAUUGGAAAUACGAAGCAGGUACGACAGACGGCCAAAAAACACAAAGUGUAAUGGUAUAUCUGGCCAAAAACAAUAAGACCGAAGACAAAUGGGUGAUAACAAAUUUAUCAUCCCAAGAAGUAGUAGUUUACUUAAGCCUGUUCACAUAUAAUGACAAACAUGGCUCUAUUGAAGAUGGUCUUCUUAACCCAGAUGAAGUAAAAAGUAUCGUUGAAGCUUUAAGAUUAAGUCAAGGCGAGAAAGACAGUUUGGCAGGGUUUUUCAAAGAUGACGAAACGGUUAAUUUCGCGGAGUUCUUAUUUGGCUUUUUGAAAGUUAAACAAACAGGCAUAAAAGAAUUAAACAGAGGGCUAGACAUAAAUCAGAUUACAUUUCUGAAAAUGAAUACACUACAAAACAAAAUUGGCGAUUUCAUUCAACCUCCAAAAAUAAUAUCGUUCAUCCAUUGGUUACGAAUACUUAUUGGCCCGCAUGAUGCAUGGAAUUUUGAACCCUUUCAAAAGUGGCCCUUGGAAAUUCAAGAGCUGGUGGUGCUUUCAGCAGAAUACAACACAAUAGCCCACGAUAAAAACGGUAUCGUCAUUCCUACCUCUGAAGUUAGAGGUUAUGUAUCGAGUUUCGCUGUUCACGACAGAACACAUGACGGUUUUCUCAGUGGGGUUGAACUUGACGAGGUUGUCACGUGCAAGGAUUUCGAACGAUUUACUGUUUCAUCUCUUAUGGACGGCGAUAGCAAUGGCGACCAAAAACUUGACAUUUUAGAGAUUUUCACCUUGAUAAUUGAGAAGCAGUGA